GUCAAGGACUGGGGAUCUGGGACCAGGGAGAACCUGGGCGAUCUCCAGAUUGAUGAGACCGCGCCUGCUGAUUCCAUUGCCUCGGUGGAAGCCCUCACCCUCCACGACAGGCUGGCACGUGAGCUGCAGGCCCUCCAGAGGGCUGGGCGCCUGAACAUCACGGGCGUGCCCGGGAUGAAGCCUCUUCCCCCGUUCGAGGAGUGGGCCUUCAAGCUGGAGCACUACCUGCAGUACCUCGUGGACCUGCACACUGUGCACAAGGCACUGGAGGCGGCGCUGGAGGCCGUCACCGCCGCCAGCUGCAUCUCGUCAGGCCUGCGCGCCGCGCUGGCACGCUACGCGCCGGAGGUGGGGCUGGCCAGGGCCGGCGCCAUCGCCCGCGACGUCGCCGCCCUUUCCAGCGAGCUGCCGGCGGCCCCGGCCCCCAGCACCAGCGCGCGGGCCUUUGCGUCAUACCUGGCCUCCCUGGCCUCCCGGGCCACGGCCGGCGGGCCCGGGGCGGUGGCCGCGGGGCCGGCCGGCCACGCCGCGCGCCUCUUCUGCUGCGCCUACUUGCUGCACCUCACGGGGCUGACCAGCCACGUGCGCAUCGGCGCGGCGGCCAUGGAGAAGCUGGACCUGGUGCAGCGCGGCGCGAUGGCCACCUUCACCGAGUUCCCCCCCGAGGCCAAGAACCCGCUGGGUGUGUUUGUGGACGCGACCAACGAGGCCGGGCGGAGCCUGGGGCCGGAGGAGGCGGACGCCGUGGCCUCGGAGCUGGCCCGCACCAUGCCCAAGACGAGCCUGCUCCUGCAGCCCCUCGCCCGCGCCGCCUGA